AUGCCCUGGAAAGAUAAGCUCAAGCAGCUCAAGGGCGAUUUCGACAGCCUUGUGUCGGGCGGCGGCCAGUCGCACUCGCAGGCGCCACCCCCAGGCCAAUACUACCCGCAGCAGCAACAGCAUCAGCAUCAGCAACAGGCACCGGGCUAUGGCUACGGCUCUGGACCCGGUAAUGCGCCGCCACCUUCGACCGGUCCGCCGCCGGUCCCGCCUCACCCUCCGCAACAGGGGCGCCCGGCUGACCAGCAGAAUGACCAGCAACCGCCGCCGCCGGUCCCGCCGCAUCCUCCGGCCGCCGGAGCCGCCCCCAACCCCGUCUACUGGCGCCCGCAGUUCCGACCAGACGUGCCCGUCGCCGCCGAGUGGGACGCCAAGCUGGGCAACGGGCCCGACGGCUGGGGCAACCAGGAGCUCGAGCACUAUACGGCCAAACCGGAAAAUGCUUUUCACACACCCGACGGCCGCCUGGUCAUCCGCGCACUCGCCAACUCGGCCGCCUCGAGCUCCGAGCAGCGCUACACCUCAGCGCGCCUCGUUAGCCGACAGACACUCUCCCGCGACCGUGGCGUUCUUACGGGCUUCAUCGUGAGCCCUUGCGCAGCCGGCAUCUGGCCCGCCUUUUGGCUGCUGCCGCGCGAGCCCUUUGCCUGGCCCACCGACGGCGAGAUCGACAUUGCCGAGACGUGGAACGGCGACCUCGAGAACCACACCUGCCUGCACUGGGGCCAGCACCACGAGCCGCAGAAGCACCGUGUCCUCGGCACCCGCAUCCCCGACAUGCACACCCGCCCCGUGCGGUACGACUUUGCCUGGGAUCAGCCCGGUGGCCAACCCGGCCAAGGCCGCAUGCUGUGGUACAUUGACGGCCGCCCUGUCAUGAAGGCCCAGGUGCCGCCCGGCACGCGACCCUUGCGUGACAUGACCAUUCUGCUCAACGUCGCCAUGGGCGGCAACGUGUGCGCCGGCAAGACGCCCGCCAACGGCUACUAUGACAUGGUUGUGUGCGCCUUGUGGAUGGCGGAUGAGCUUGAGUAUGGAGGCUGGGGACGGUUCGAGCACGACUGGGGGAAUCCGGGAACACCAGAGGGCAACACGUAUUGA